UCUCUUCUCCCUCGUUCUUUCUCUGACUCUCCUCUCUUUCGGACUGUCACAAACUCAAAUCUAAACCUGUUCAAAUUUCUGUUUCUGCUGGAUUUUCAACAUCUUAGACUCCUAAACCUCAAGUUGGACAAAGGUUAGGAUUUUGGGGUUCUAGGGCUUCUUCUUACAAAGAGAGGUUCACGAUGUGAACGGCCAAUUUUUUCUUCUUUAAUGAAAUUUAUAUUGGGGUUCUUGGGCAUGUUUGGUUAGCCGUAAAAUGUCCCGGAAGAAAUUUUUAGAGAGCAAAUUUUCAUGGGAGCCAAUUUAAGAUAAUGAGUGGUAUGCAAUUGCAAAGUGCUUCGUCUACCUUGAGCGCUCAAGGGUCUAAGCAGAAUGAAGGUGUAGUUGCUGUGGCAACUGUUACAGAGUCAAAGCCAAAGAAGAAAAUCUGCUGUGCAUGCCCAGACACUAAAAAGCUGCGAGAUGAAUGCAUAGUUGAGCAUGGUGAAGCUUCUUGUGCGAAAUGGAUCGAGGCUCAUAAACAGUGCCUUCGUUCUGAGGGAUUCAAUGUCUGAGACUGGUGAAAAAGAAAAGAGGUCACUCUACUAUAAUAACUGAGUUGAUUGUCUGUGGUCAAUCAAGAUUUUGGAUCAGUUUAUUUUUUAAGCAAACUACAUCAGGAUGAUAGUUGUAACUUCAAAAAAAAAAAAAGGACUUAGGGAAAUUGAUUGCUACAUGCACUUCAUAAUUGAUCAACUAAACUUAAACCUUUCUAUGGAGAUCCUCGUUUUCAUUA